CCAUGGCUUUGGAAAGAGGCCAAUUCCUAAGGAACCUGUCGUAGAAAGUCACACAGCAAACUUCCUUCUCCCUGGUGGACAGAACACAGCAUGCUUCACCCCUGAUCCCACAUCCAAGAGUUCUCCCAUCCAUCAGGUAAAUGCAGAGCAAUCUCCACGUCCAGAGCGCAAGACAAGUGCAAUGGAGCACUCAAAAGUGGAUGCAAAAGCGUCCAGCGAGCAGCUUUUCCAGAAAAAUUCAAAAGCCAUCAUCUGGGGCAUGCAGACUAGGGCUGUACAGGGAAUGCUUGACUUUGACUUUGUGUGCUCCCGAACUGAGCCAUCAGUAUCAGCCAUGGUCUACCCAUUUACGGGUGACCAUAAACAGAAGUUUUUACUGGGGACAUAAGGAGAUUCUUAUUCCAGUGUACAAGAAUAUGGCAGAUGCCAUGAAAAAACACCCUGAUGCUGAUGUUUUAAUCAACUUUGCAUCUUUGCGAUCUGCAUACGAUUCAACGAUUGAUACUCUUGCAUUUCCACAGGUUCGCACUAUUGCCAUUAUUGCUGAAGGUAUUCCAGAGAACUUGACAAGAGUAUUGAUCAAACGUGCCAAGGAAAAGGGAGUAUCAAUCAUUGGGCCUGCAACUGUUGGUGGCAUAAAGCCAGGCUGUUUCAAGAUAGGCAAUACUGGAGGAAUGAUGGACAACAUAUUACAUUCCAAACUUUACAGACCAGGAAGGUAA